CAAGCAAUAAAAUAAUUUUCUCAGUCCCCCCCUGGAUAAGCACUCAUUUCCGCACUGUCGCGUUAUUGAAGUUAGAUCGCUUGUCCCGAAAAAUUUCAUUUUGUCUGUAAGUUUCCCGCUCGGCGUGUUUUCUAUUUGUCUUUUUUGUCAAAUAAAUAUGUCUCAAACGCACAAUCUCCAAAGAGCAAUUACCGAGGCCGUAGGAAGAGCAGUACACGAGGCACUGCGAGAUCAACAUGAAGAGUCCUCUGAUGCAGCUACUGCCCACGAAAAUAAUAAUGAACCACAGAAUUCCAACUCAAAUGAUGAAAAUGAGGGUAACAAUUCAGGAAGAGUUGGUCGACCAAAGAAAAUAAUUCCAAGGGAUGUAUUGGAAAAUUUGCUUCAGUUACGACUUACGAUUGUGGAAAUUGCCAGACAGUUGAAAGUCGACAGGUCAGUGGUCUACAAAGCAAUGUCGGAGUAUGGGUUGUAUCGAGAAAACUUUUCACAAUUGUCACAAGACGAAAUAGAGAAAGAAGUGGACGCCAUUAAACAAAAUCAUCCUAAGGCUGGCGAGGUCAUGGUUCAAGGGUACCUUGAAUCUAGGGGUCUUUACAUUCAGCGACAAAAAGUGAGAAAAGCCAUUCAUAUGGUUGAUCCAUUAGGUGUCGAAGAGAGAAAAAGUAAACCAAUAAAGCGUCGCAUUUAUACUAAUCCUUUUCCCAACUAUAUUUGGCAUAUUGAUGGGAACCAUAAACUUGUUAGAUGGAGACUUGCCAUACACCAUGGUAUCGAUGGUUUUAGUCGAUUAGUGGUAUUUGCACAUUGUUCUUCAAACAAUCGAGCAACUACUGUUCUAUAUCACUUCUUAUGUGCUGUCUCGAAGUAUGGGCGUCCUUAUAGAAUUCGUACCGAUCUUGGUGGCGAAAAUGUUGACAUCUGGCACAACAUGAUUUUAACACGAGGCAAUGAAACUAAGCAGGUUGUUGUAGGGAAUUCAGUGCACAAUCAGAGAAUCGAAAGACAUAACAGAGCACUAAAUGAACAAGUUCUAACAAGUUUUAGAUCUGAAUUUUAUGCACUUGAAAGUGAAGGUGUAUUGAAUGUCAAUAAUGACACUGAUAUAUUUUGCCUCCAUUCAGUGUAUCUGCCACGAAUCAACAAAAUCCUUGACGAGUUUGUUGCUGCUCACAACAGCCAUAAAAUAUCUACAGAAGGAAACAAAACACCUGAACAAUUGUUUUGGGUUAACAUUAGAAAUGCAUACCAUGAAGAUGAUAUGCUACCAAACACAAGCAAUCUUGACAUUGAAGAACUAGCGUCAAGUGAUUUACCUCACGUCAAUGUACCAGAUAUAUCAUGCCCUUUGCAAGGUGACUUACAGUUGCAAAAUUUUAGUACAUUCAUUCAAUCUCUUUCGGCAGUGAGCGGAAAAGCAGCAUACCUUGAGGCUGUUCGUUUCUUGGGACAGUCAAUGCUUGAUGAGCAGAACCCUGAAGAUUUGCAUGCACAAUAGAUGACUUGCCUUGUUUACUUUUGCUAGCAGGCAGAUUUGGUCUAGGGCUUUUGGAGAACAUUAGCAACAAUGGUCAACCUCUCUUGGGAUUGAUCUGCCAGCCAGCAAAACGUAAACAAGACAAGUCAUAUAUGAGUAGUAAAAAAAUAUAGUCUUCACUUACUAUUUUAUACAGUAAUGACAUGCUAGGAGGAAUAUAGAUACGUCAGUUAGAAAUACGUUGUUUUACAUCAUUACCAAAUCGUAAAUUAAAUCAACACAACUAUUGCUUAGACUCUAA